AUAUAUUGCACAAAGGGAUGUAGCGUCCUGUGCACUGACCCUGAGCUGUCCCGCCCUACCCUCUGCCCUUGCCUGUGGGACCCAGUGACCAUGCUGACCGAGUCUCAAACACCAGAGAGAUCAGAGCCCAGACCCACGCUAAGGCCCGCUGUAACCUGUGCAGCACCAUGUCCCAGCCAUUCGCGGCUCCGCUCGAGGCUAACGGCUCACGACCAGAAGCGUCUGGGGUUCAGCUGAAAUGGGCCGCCCUGCUUAUUGUCAUGGUCAUCAUCCCCACUAUUGGAGGUAACAUCUUGGUCAUUCUUGCUGUGUCACUUGAGAGAAAGCUGCAGAACGCCACCAACUAUUUCCUGAUGUCGCUUGCUGUGGCUGAUCUACUGGUGGGACUCCUAGUGAUGCCCAUUGCCCUCAUCACUGUUCUCUACAACUCUGGCUGGCCUCUCCCGGACUUCCUCUGUCCUAUUUGGCUCUUCCUGGAUGUGCUGUUUUCCACCGCAUCCAUCAUGCAUCUAUGCGCCAUUUCACUGGACCGCUACAUUGCCAUCAAGAAGCCAAUCCAACACAGCCAGUACAAAUCCAGAGCCAAAGCGAUGGUCAAGAUAGCACUGGUGUGGCUUAUAUCCAUUUGUAUAGCAAUCCCGAUUCCGAUCAAGGGGCUUCAGAACUACCAUCCUCACAACAACAUCACCUUCAACAGUAACCACACAUGCCUGUUGAAAACAGACACCUUCCGGGAAUUUAUCAUGUUUGGCUCCAUGGCAGCAUUCUUCAUCCCUUUGACCAUCAUGAUGAUCAUCUAUCUUCUUACUGUCCAGGUGUUGCGCAAAAAGGUUUAUUUGCUCAGGUCAAAGGUGACUCAGCGUUUUAGCUACCCAACGAUCGCCACAGUUUUUCAAAGGGAACAGGCUGUGACCUCACCUCAAGCUGAGCAGCUGAACAUGCUGGACAGCAGACUUCCCAGGACUCAAGAAAAACCAAAUACUGGGACCCCAAACUCUCCUACAGGAGAUGACAUGCCCUUUCGGAGAAUGUCUACCAUGGGUAAGAAGUCAAUCCAGACUCUGAGCAAUGAGCAGCGCGCCUCAAAAGUGCUAGGCAUCGUCUUCCUCCUGUUUGUAGUCAUGUGGUGUCCCUUCUUCAUUACUAAUAUCACCUCUGUGCUAUGCACCAGCUGUGAUGUUAAUGUAAUCGCCCGCCUCAUGGAGAUCUUUGUUUGGGUGGGUUAUGUGUCAUCAGGAAUCAACCCAUUGGUCUACACCCUAUUCAACAAAACUUUCAGGCAGGCGUUCACACGUUACAUCACCUGCAAUUACAAUAACUCUGGGCCAGGAAGGCACCCAAGGGCAUCAAAUGCAGAUUGGACCCUUACGAGAAUUUCAUUCAGAUCUUCCAUGGCAGAAAACUCUAAACUGUUCAUGAAGCGGGGAAUGAAGAAUGGCAUUGGAGCAGUGAGCUACCAAAGUCCACUGAGGAGCCGGAAGGCACCUGUACAGUCAUCCAAUGGUGUUGUGUUAGACACAAUGCUCUUGACUGAAAAUGAAGACCGUAAGCAGGAGGAACAUGUUAGUUGUGUCUAGAGCUACUUGAAAAAAAUAUCCGGUCAAAGGAAGCACUCGGAAGUGUUUUAUUUCCUUAAAAACAAAAUUCUUGCCUCACAACAAAAAAUUAAAAAAGCAGGAUUGGAAUUUGAUGUUACUUUCAAUCUAAUUGACCAAUUGUAAUGUACACAGACAGAAGCCAAACAGGGCUAUAAUAUCAAUUAUGAUCAUUUCAGAAACACUAUGCUACUCUUCAAACUCAGCCAAACUCUUCUGUUACAUAUGUGAAUAGAUAUAGUCAAUACAUUAUUCAACUGGCCUCCAAAAUAGGCCACAUUAAGAAUGUGAAUUCUCAAAAGAUACAAGGACAGUUGAUAGGGUAGUAAAAGAGAGUUUGAGUUUUCAAGCUGUGUAAAACAGUAACUUUGAGAUAACCUGUACCAGGUCAAACACACUCUAUGAAAGGUCAACAAAAUUUAGACAACUAGACAAAAAUACAUAACGGAGACGCUAUGACAACCUGGAAACUCUGUGAAUGCAGAAUACAAUAUGCAGUAUACCUAUGCUGAUUCUUUUAACUUGGGCUAUCUGAAUGUGUUAUAAACCAUCUCAAACCACAUGCUUAUGUUUUGUUGAGACAGCCAGAACUCUACCUUUCAAAUAUCUUCUGCAACAAACACAUGAAAUGCACUGCACACUUGAAAUGAUAUGUUGUAUUUGCUGGACCUUUGGGAAGUGCUUUUGUAUGUGUAUUACUGCCAAAUGUUUUAACUAUUCAAAAAGGUUUCUAUAUAUAAGACUGUAAAUAAAA